CCUGCGAGUCAGCCACUCAACGCUGCAAGCCGUGUGUCCAGGCCAUGAUGUGUGUGAACAGGUCGUGGUGACUUUGUGUGUUGCAUGUCCUGGUAAACCUGUGGCUACACUCUCUGAGGAAGCCUUCAGCUUUGACCAGGUAAAAGACUCUCUUCCUACUGCAUCAUGCCUGUCGACCAUCUCUGUUUUUAUUCAUGUCUCACCUCAUUGUUUUCUUUCUCUUCAGGAGAGAAGCCUCACAUUUUGCAUCAGUAUACUAUGCUACUGUAUCAUUGGUCAUUUAUCUAGUCAGGGGUGGCAGUGCAUGACGUUUUAGAGUGCUUAUGAUGCCUUCUUGCUGAGUGCUGAACUGAACCACAUGGUGUCCAAACUAAAAACAAACAGGCAGGUUUCAUACUGUAAGCCAGUGUGAUCUGAGCACAAACAUACUGUGUCACAGUGUUUGUCCACCAGAGUACUGACACUUUAAAUGUCAGCAGACAAUGUGCAACACCAUCUACUGGAAGAGAAAGAUUGAUUUACUAUUGAACAUCAUUGUACCACAUCUAGUAAAAUGUGUCUAAACCUGUAAGGUCAGUUUUCCAUUUUGUGCUUGGUGAUUCAGAUUUAGAAAAUGGAUGACAAUACAAAACAAGACAAAUGGACAUUGUAGAAAAGACUUGGCUCUUGACAUGGCCCGCUUCCUGCUUGACACCACAGCUCCAGAGGAAGCAUUACUAUUGGAUGAUGAGCAGAUUCCACUGAAGGAGUGUGAGAGGUUGGAUCAAAACCUUGCCCUGGCCUUGAAACACCUUAGCCUGUGCCACCCCAGGACUGCACCACAAACAUCAGCUCUUACAUGUGCACAAACUAUCACAGCACCAGACACACACACACAAAAGGAAGCCAGGCCGUGUGUCUCUGUGCUGUCGGACAGCAACACUGCUGUGUCUCAGAGCCAGCAGCUGUCCAGCCUGCUGCACUUGGCAGCCAGCCAUGGUCUGUGGACAGUGGCGUCAUUCCUUUUGCAGCAGCCAGGAGCCAGAGAGGCCCUGAGGAUGGCAAACGCUCGUGGACAGACUCCAGUAUGUGUGGCACAGGGCAAAGGACACGAGAAGCUGGUGGAGCUUUUCACACAAUAUGAGACAUCUUCAGAUGUUAAGGUGGAACCAAAGGAUCAGCUGCUCUGGCACCAGGAAGGCAGAUUGCUUCAACAUCAUGCAAAGCACAGCACCUACACUAUCACAUUUUGUUGUCGGCAGCAGAUGGAAGCAGGAGCCAAGACUGACAGAGGUGAAAGAUGCGGUGUACAGAAGGAGGUUGAGGAACUGAGGAGAUUGAUCAAGCUUCACAAGCUGGAAUCCUGCGCUGCUACCACUACAGAGAAAUAUGCAUGCUUUGACUGUGACCUGCAGCCCUACUCCAGCAGGCAACACAAUAGCAGGCAUGAUGCAAGCCGGUUGGUGGUAAACACAGAGAACUCCAAUACGACUGCAGAGAAACAGGGAAGUCCACAGUGGCAGCAGGAGCCGUGCCGCUCUGCUGCUCACAAAGUGGUGGAGGGACAGAGACAUACAACAGCUACUAAGUCUCCCACCGGUCGCAAAAAGAAGAACAAAAAGAGAACUACAAAAACCACAAGGCAUGCAACAGCAGGAAAUAACAGCAGCUCUCUGAAAGCCGGUCGAUUAGAUGCACAAGGACUGAGUAAGAUAACAGCAAGAGAUUGUGUCCCAGAGGCAGGAGCAAGUGUUUCACUCAAAGGUCUAGCACUAAGUUGUAAAAUUAGUGAAGGAGGAGUCACAUCAAGCUCCGGGACAGACAAGACGCAGCCAGUGUCUGUACUAGCUGAUGAUGAGAAGUGCACUGGCAGGAAGGCUACUACCGCCAUCACAGAAAAACAGGAAAGCGAGAAAUGGGAAGUUGAUGCACUGAUGUGUGAGCAAGCGACAGAGAAAGAGACGGAGGCAGCAGUGAACCAAAGUCCCUCAACAAGACAAGAUCAGUGUGUGGAGUCGACUGAACGAAGGGCAGAUACAAUGGGUCAGGAACAAUCCCAGGAUCUCCAGGAGAGCCAGUCAGAGUCAGAGGAGCUACGUCAGCCUGACUCCACAAACCAGGCUCAAUCUGAUAGCAGGACAAGCCCCAGAUCCCCAGAUGUGGAAGGAAAACCCCUCACAGGGCUGUGGCGGGAUGGAGGCUGGAUUGGAAGCAGAAUGGAAUCAGACACAGUAGCAAACACAAUCUGGUAUCAGGGUGAACACAUGGACCAGGGUGGCAUUGAAGCGUCCAACAGACAGGAAGUCAACUCCCAGACAGUUUGGUAUGACUAUGAUGAGCAAACUCAGGAACAGCUGAAGAAGACAAAAUGGGAUUUGAGCUUUCCACAAAAGUACGAUAAAAGCCCUUCACAGCUGCUAGAACAGGGUUUUAGUUCUCAUCAACUGUGUUCAGCUCUGAGUCAGCCACAUGCUGCUGGAGCACAGCCAGCACUGUCACAUGGGCUGGCCACACAAAGACAGGAAGUACAGGGAUCGCGUCAAGAAGAGGAAGUAGGGCCAGAUUGGCAAGAGGGAGGGGAGGAGGAGGUCUGGAACAGAGAGUCCACUCACAGCCGAAAGAACAGUGAAACAGCUGACCUUGAGGAGUGGGGAGAGGAGAAGCCAGAAGAAAGAGAAGCAAAGGGCAGGAAAAAGAGGAGGAGAAAAAAGUGGAAGAGGCGAAGCUCUGAGGCCAAGCUUAGCUCCAGCUCCAGUGUUGAGUCUUACAAUCAAAAUGAGACACACACAGAGAAAGGGACAAGCCUAAACUGUCAAUCUAAAGCCAAGGAUCAAACAGAAAGGACACACGUUUGCUCUCUCACUUUUUCUGAGCCAACUUGGGUUGGAGAGGAAGCUGACAAGGACACCAUGCAUCUACCCAGCCAGACCAGGGGCAGCCAUCAGCCUGACUGCGCUGUUAUUACCUCAGAGUCUAGUUGUACCAGGCCAACAAACCAUGCAGGACCAGACCAGGCUGAGCCUGUGCUCUCACAGACACUGGAAAUCAAGGAACCGUUAAUGGAUGAGAGUGUGAGCAUUCACGGAUCGGAUCAUUUUGAUUUAGAUUCUACUGUCGCUGCUUCAGAACUUUGUGACAUGAGCAUCAAAAAGGCAGAUGGAGAGGAAAUUAACCCCGGGCAGCCCAAAGGAAACGACGUGUUUGGUCCCACAGAGCUGGAUUUAAAGGGGCACACUAGUCCAACAGUGGAUGAUAUGGAGUCAAAUGCCUUGUCACCGCACCAGUGUAGGACAGUUGCUGUAGCGCCAGGGGAACCGACAGUUUUGGUGGAAUGUAACUUUCCAAAGGAACUUCCCAUUAAAACAACAGGGCCUACAGGACUUACAGAGGACUUGUUGCUUGUGGUAUUUCCUGAAGAGAAUAAAGUAGAUGCACAAUCUGAGGACAAACCGGUACAACCUGUGAAUCUCAUGGAAAAACCCUCAGGCUUAAUGGAAUCAGUGCAUCCCUCCAUAGCUCAGUGUCUGCCUUGUGAAGGUACAGCGGAUGUGAGACCGCUUGAAAUACAGGAAGGAAGCCCUGAGACGACGCAUUGUUUGUCCUCCAACAUGUUGAGAGAUCUGCAGCUCAAGGAGGAAAACAGACAUGAACCACUGGCGGGUAAUGAGGACGGCAAGGAAACAAGUUGGAGAAGGGACAAUCGUGACUGCAGGGUGAUGGACAGCGAAGUGUUGUCUUCCGUAGAACAAGGACAAAAUCUGGAGUUUCCCCCUUCAAAAACAGAACAUUUAUCUAAUGACGACUUGGUUAUUACAGCAGCAGCAGUAGUAACCGUUGCAAUAGCAUCAGCCAUGGCCAGAAUAGAACUAAGUCAGCAGCUGAGCUCAGCAACAGGCAGUUCCAUCUCAACAUUAGUACAAGAUACUAACGAACCAAUUGACAAACAUUCGCAUGCUAAGUUGUCUAAUGACUUGGACUCUGAUUCUCAUGAUUCUGUCUCUGAGACUUUGGAGUCACAGCCUAAAACUAAGACUCUUUGUUCACCACUAGUCCCUAAAGAGAAAAUUCAGUCAGAAACUAUAGUCAGUGAAGUCUUUCCAUGUCUGCUGUCUGACCACCACAAACUGCUGCAAGUGAAUAUGAGCCCUUUGCCAGAAACACAUGAGCGGAUUACAGCUGAGGUAGACAGCCAAGGUCACAUUCAGCCACAGGUCCAGCCACCCUGUCCUCCUCUAGACACAGGACAGGAGUCAGAGUUAGACACUGCUACAGCAGACACUCUUUCCAAAGCUAACAAUAGUCCCCAAGACCAGUCUGCAGGUCAGACGCAUAGGGAUGGAUUGUCGUCAGCUCUACAUGAAACACAUCCAGCAGCUACAGAUGGUAGUGAUCCUGCACCAUCUUUAACUGGUGAAGCUGUGGGUCAGGGCCACGAGCAUGAGAAGGCCAGUCCAGAAAGGCCAGUUAAUAAGACAGAUGGGUCACACGUUGAAGAGCAUGAGAGCGACCCUCAGUUGGUGGAGCAUUUACACGAUGGGGAAAUUCUCACUUUGCCACUUUUGCCCAGUCCAGCCCUUCUAGCUGUCCUCUCGCCUCCUGUGACUGAUCCCUGUCCAGAAGAGCUGGAAGCCCUUGCAUGCACAGAAUCCGAAGAACUGCAGCUGUGUGAGUGGCCAGAGGACUCCAAGCCUGUCACUGGCACAUUUCAGAGUGAAGGCAAUGAGCCUUUUGCUGUGGACGAUGUGUGUGAUGAAGACUGUGCUUCUUUGGAGCUAGUGGAUGGAUGGAAUCGCAGUGAAGGGGAGAAGCUGGAACUUGUAGAGGAGGCGAGAAAAGACAUGCUAACUGUGCAGGACACGCCUCAAAAAGGAGCUGAAAUAUUUCCAACAUCUGAAGGAGAGUAUGAACAGACCAAGAGACAUUCAGACAACCCCCACAAUGUUCAGAUCCAGAGAGAGAAGGACUUUUGCUGCCCUGUCCAGCCCUGCCCUCAACCCAGCACGGAUGCAUCCUGUAUAGACGCCCGUCCAGGCAGAGACGACGCUGUGUCAGUGUGUGUGCUGCAGAAAGGCUGCGAACGCCUGCAGGGCACUUCUGACCGGGAUGACGGCGUGUUUAAAAAGCCCUUUUCUCCCUUGUGUGCUGGACAUGGGGACAAAGGGGUCCGUGUUCCAGUUGAUGUACCAGUGUUGGCAGACAUUACUCCCAGUCAAUGCACAGCUAACACUGUGGACUCUGAGAGUGAAAGUCUGUGCUUGAAGCCAGAAAUCCAGACGGCCGCUGAAGGAUUCAGCGGUGGUGUGACAAAAGGGCGAGGAAGAGCAGAAAAAGAGGAGAAGAAGGUCCAUCUGUCUGAAAGUCUUCUGUCCUCUGCCAUCUUGCGAGCCUCCCUUCGCUCCUUGUCUCCGUUACGCCGUCACAGCUGGGAGCCAUGCCAGAGCAGCAGCUGUAAAGACACUGGCAUCACACAGCGCAGCUCGCUAAAGAGUCUGUCAGGCAAGGCGAGACGAGCCAAGCCCCCUCUCCACCGGAGAAGUAUGAGCUGGUGUCCAUCCAACCUGUGUCGUCCUGAUCAGGAGCAAAUAGAAAAUAGAAGCUACAGUUUAGAGCGUCUUGAGGUGCAGAGGGCAAGCCUCCAGAGUCAGAGUGAUCAGGAGGAGAGGACUGCAGGACAGAGUUCACAUCUGGACAGCCAGGAAAGAGGCUCACUCAUCUCUCUCACUGAGGAGGAGCAGGAAGGAGAUGGCAUCAGCAUUGAUAGCCAGGCAUCCUCUGAGGGACAGCCAGUGGCAAACAUCUGUCCUGCCAUGUUCCAUCAUCAACCCCUGAGCAAAUCUGCUUCUAUGGAUACCAUCAGUCAUCGCAACAUUGAUGUGAGAGGAUUUUCACCAUCAAAGCGACGAAUCACCUUCUCCCUCAGUAUCUCCCCGCUCCUCACCAAAAAUAGACGCUUCUUUUCUAUUGCCUCUUCCUCCAGUGAUGAUGAUGAGGAGGAGGAGGGAGGGAGGCUCAGCUCGUUCUCCAGUAAUGCCAGCACCCUGGAGUACAGUAUUUCAGAGGAAGAGCCGGGUCCUCUGCGGAGCGAGACCGAAGGAAAGGUUCAAGGACCUAAAAUCAGCCGGACGUUCAGCUACCUUCGCAGUAAGAUGAGCAAAAAAGUCAAGGAGAAGGAGAAGCGAGGUGACAGGGAACGGGACAGAGAAAAGAAGUCGAACGGUCAUGUAUUCAUCCAGCUCAGCCCAAGCCCUUCGUCAGCCUGUCAGCACUGCACCAAGCUUCUCCACAAGGAACCUUUCCUCUGCAGCGGUUGUGGAGUUCAGGUCCAUAAAAGCUGCAGAGAUAAUCUUCCUGUCUGCAUUAAGAGCAAAGCAAAAGUAAGUCAGCAGCUGAUGGUGCCAGACGCUGGUCCGGGAACAACUGUUAACAUCAGGAGCAAAACUGCUUUAUCAGCAUCGUCUAUAUCUUCCACGUCCUCCUCAUCGUUAGGAGAACGAUGGUCCACGUUAACCUCCCCCGAUGAACAGUUUAGUGCAUUUCCAUGGAGACCCUCCAACAACUUGCACAGCAACCUGUCCAAGAGUGUCUCCAUCAGCAACAUAGCAGGGUUGGAGGAUGCUCCACUGAAAGGCCUGAAGUUUCUCUCCCAGUCCACAGACAACCUGCAUCAGGGGAGCAAAGUCAAUGCCUCAACUGAGUCACUUACUGAUGAAGGUACUGAGAUGAUGGACAGUCAGCUGAUGGGAGAGUUUGAGUGCGAUGUUAAGGACCUGGAAGCUGAUUCUUGGAGCAGCACAGUCGACAAGAAGUUUUUGAAAACGCUGAAGAAAGACGAAAUCAAGAGACAAGAUGUUAUCUAUGAAUUGUUUCAGACCGAGUUUCACCAUGUGAGGACCUUGAAAAUCAUGUUUGAAGUUUACUACAAAGGCCUUCAGAAGGAAAUUCAGCUUGACACACAAACUCUAGACAAGAUUUUUCCUGUUCUGGAUAAGCUGUUGGACAUACACACACAGUUCCUCUCCAGGCUCCUGGAGAUGAAGAGAACGUCGUCGGCUGAAGGGCGGAACAGCAGCCUCCUCAUCUGCCGCAUUGGAAAGCUUCUGGUUACGCAGUUUUCAGACACCAAUGCAGAUCACAUGAAGAAAGCUUAUGGGAAGUUCUGCAGUCGCCACAAUGAAGCUGUUAAUCUCUACAAAGACCUACACGCCAAAGACAAACGCUUCCAAGCUUUCAUUAAGAAGACGAUGAGCAGCAGCAUCGUGCGCAGGCUCAGCAUUCCAGAGUGCAUUUUGUUGGUCACGCAGAGGAUCACCAAAUAUCCUGUCCUCAUCCAAAGGAUACUCCAGCACACCAAAGAUUCUGAUGAAGACCACGGCCUGGUUUCUGAAGCGCUGCGCUGUGUGAAAGAGCUGAUCACAGCUGUGGACAGUAAAGUCAAUGAGCAUGAGAAGAAGUGCAGACUGAGGGAGGUCUACAGUCGCACUGAUAGUAAGUCCAUCAUGAGGAUGAAGAGUGGCCAGAUGUUUGCUAAAGAGGACCUGAUCAGACGGGGGAAACUGCUGCACGACGGAGCCUUGCAGCUGAAGAAUUCUGCUGGGCGACUCAAAGAUGUCCAUGCAUUGCUCCUGUCUGAUGUGUUGGUCUUCCUUCAGGAAAAAGACCAAAAAUAUGUGUUUGCCUCUUUAGACCAGCGUUCCACUGUCAUGUCCAUGCAGAAUCUCAUUGUCAGAGAGGUGGCCAAUGAGGAGCGAGGUCUCUUUCUUAUCACAGCUGGUACCGACCGACCCGAGAUGGUGGAGGUUCUGGCAAGCAGCAAGGAGGAGCGCAACUCGUGGCGCGCCGUCAUCCAGGAUGCCAUGCAUUGCAUGGAGAAGGACGAGGAUGAAGGAGUUCCCAGCGAGACAGAAGAGGACAGAAAGCAGCAGGAGAACAGAGCAAAGGAAAUCAGAGAGCUUCUGCGCAGCAAAGAUAAACAGAUUGUCUCUUUGCUGGAGGAGAAGGUUCACAUUUUCAGAGAGCUGAGUGACUGUCCUUCUACCCCUGAGGACGUGAGCCCACAAAUCAGGGAGGGGAUGUUAUUCAGGGCCACCCCAUAUGAUGUAACAAGGGGUGAGCCAAUUAUAACGAACGCCAUCAGGGAAGUGGAGAGCCUGCACACCCUGGUCCACAGAGCUGUAGGUGGAGCAGGGUGCAGUUCUCCUGUUGGCCUGGCAGGGGGCAGCAUUGGACCAGUGUGCCUGCCCAGGAGAGCCGAGACGUUUGGAGGCUUUGACAGUCAUCAGAUGAACAGCAGCAAGAAUGGAGAGAAGGAGGAGGGGGAUGAAUCACUGGACCUCCGCAGGACUGAGUCAGACAGCCUGCUAAAGAAGGGGGCUGCUGCCAGCCUACAGAUGCUGCUGAAGAAGAACAAUGAGCAGGUCCAGCAAAGUGUGUCCCAUCUUCACCAUUUACUGAUUUCACUGCAGGCUGUUGUAGUCCAGCAGGACUCUUUCAUCGAGGAUCAGCGACAGGCCCUCAAUGACCGGCUCACCGGCAACUGCUCCAGACACUCAUCAUCUUCCUCACUUUCAUCCUCAUCUUCAUCACGCCCCUCGUCUCUCAUUGAGCAAGAGAAGCACAGGAGUCUGGAGAGGCAGCGUCAGGAAGCGGCCAGCCUCCAGAAACAGCAAGCUGCAUAUCAAGAAGAAAGGAGGAGAAGAGAGAGGGAGUGGGAGCUAAAGGAGAGAGGUCUGGGCGAGUGGGAGGAGAGGCUGAGGGAGGAGGAGGAGGAGACCCGGAAAAGGCAUCAGGAGCUGGUGGAAGAGAGGGAGUCGCUGCAGAGGAAGAAGGAGGAGUUCCAGAGAGAAGUGGAGAGACUGCGGGAGGCGCAGAAGAAGCUGGAGAGGGACAAGGAGACGCUUAGGAGAGAAACCGAGCAGCUAGAGGCCAUGAGAAAAGAUGAGUCAGAGCAGCUCUAUAGAUACCAGCGGACACCGUCAUCCACCUCUGAAGAAUCUCUAAGGUUCCACAGCUCUGGGUCUCUGGAUGUGGACUCAAAAGAAGCAGCAGAGCCACCAAAGGAGGUGGGACUUCUUUCUAAAACACAGGUGGAGCUGUCAUCAUCUGCUCCAACCAAAGAACCGUUUCUCCGCAUCGGAUCUAAAAGGAUGAGCAAAAGCUUUAACCCCUUCUCCUCAUCGUCGUCCUCUAAGCAUCAGGGAGCAGAGAAGGAGUCGCAGCUUCCCACCAGGCUGCUGCAGCUUGCCAAACCCAAAGAGAAGAAAGACAAGAAGAAGAAGAAGGGGAAAGGGGGGGCGCAGGCACAGACGGAAGCUACAGUAAUGUUGGACACUCAGCACGAUGGCGACAUCUUCUUCUGCUGAAGACCCUGGGUCUGUCCAACCAGGACCUCCUUCUAUCCACCAAGUUUGGAUGUCAUGGAUAAGAAGUUACUCCCAGAGGGAGCAGGUGAAGUUGAACUGAUGAAACAAAGCGAAGGAGAUGUCACACAACCUGAGCUGUGGAUGCUUUGGAACAGCUCCACACGCCAACUGGAUCCCUUUUAUCAGCCAGUUUGACAAACAACCCUGUAGCUGGUCAGAAACCAUUGAAGUGGAGACCACUGUUGCAGUGAUCAUACACUGUUGGAUGGUAGUGCCUUCCUUUGUGCCAUGUAGCAAAGCGCUUUAUAAACAUGAGGAGGUGAAGCACUGCAGCCUUUUGGUAAUAACUCUAGAGACAUGAGCAUCCUGAAGAAGCUUCAUGAAGAGUGAGGCAUCUCCACCUCUUAGCAUGUAGACAGAUCCGCUUGAAUCAUCGUCACCUUAAUGGUGAAAACUGUUAAUCAUGGAAACAGUGUUUUUAUUAACAUUGUGAUACUGACUUUUGAAGAGACAAUCACUGAUUUUAAUUUUCAACUUUGUAGGAAAAACCUUUAACUUAUGGGAUUUGUUAGAGGUUUGUAACAGUGCUUUUAUUUUGGUAGGGCUAUUCUGGAUAGUGUGAACUGAACUCAGGUUUUAAGCAAUAUUAUUUAUAUGAAAAUGUUCCCAAAGGAUCCAGGUCAUUUAAUCUGUCAUCCAGCAAUCCAGAGCUUGUCUGGACUCACUGCUUCCAGGCGUGUGACCUCACCAUCCUCUGUGCUGUGUGAACACUUGCCUCCUCGGGAACUGCACUGGUGUUUAGCACCUUGGCUCCUGAGCAGCAGGUCAAACCGGUAGAGGCCGUGGAUGAGUGCAGUUCUCACCGUCCUCUGAAUUGUAUUACAAAGACACUUCAUAUGUGCAAAAGAGAAGAAGAAACAUUUCUGUUUCAGAGACUAGACGUCAUCAGUUGAAUUGUACUGUUGAUACUGAAUCUUUGUUGUGAUGAAUGUAUCAUAGGAGUAGGAGGAACCUCAUCUCAUGUUCAAAGUCUUCUCCUUUUCAUCCAGACAGUGGGUUUUCCUGCUCUCAUGCCGUCUGCAGCCCGGAGGCUCGUCUUCAUCUCUCUCAUCCACAGUCAUAAGUCAUAGCUUCACAUAUGCACCACAUUGAUUUUCCUCUCCUGUUCUGUGCAGGAGGGAAUCAUACCCCCUUACCUACAGAGUAAUGUUUAAGCCACUGUCACGUUCCAGCUUUCUGCUGACAGAAGCACAUUUGUGCUGCUGUGUUGUGUGUGUGUGAUCAGUUUUCUGACUGAUGGGAAAUGUAGAAGCAAUCACACUUUUCCAUGAGUGUAGUAAAUGACAGUACUGCAGAGGAUUAACAUGACUUAUCCCUGGAGACGCAUUAGCUCUGCCGUAAAACACAUACGAGCCAGCAUUGGUUCACACAAGCCUGAAGGAGCAUUUCCAACUGGUUCAUGUUCCUGUAAAUCAUGCACAAUAUUACAAUCAGACGACUUCUUGUGAACAGCAGGUGAAGGCUGUGGGUCAGAAACAACAUAAACCAGAACCAAAGUCUAUAACAGGUCAAUGCUGUGUUAAAUCACUACAGCACUGCUGUAAUGUAACCAUUCGCUGAUCUGCAUAACAAGGAGAAGCAGAAAUCCAAGCAGACAUUUCAGCUUGAGGCAUACUGAGACAAUUUCAUCUGUGUUGCAUUAAAUGCACUGAGCAGAGCAAAAAGGUGGUGUCUUGUAUUUUUAUAUUAACGCUGGCUGAAGCUGUAUGUUUGAUUGAAGACAUCAGCAUCUGAUGAUGAUGGUGGUUAAGACACAUCUCUCACUCUGUUCCCAUUUCAACGUGCCUUUUACUCAAACCACAGACUUAAAAAAAAAACAAAAAAAACACGGACUUUUAACAGUUUUAACAUGUUGGAGCAUCCUAAUUGUACUUGUACUAAUUACAGAAGGUACAAAGUGUAUUUGUCUCAUUUUAUGUAUUAAGAAAAAAGGGCAGAACAUCAAAAUGUUGUAAAUAUAUUAUGUACAUCCAAAGUAUUGAUACCUGUGGAUUUUUAAAUGAAUAAUAAAGAUUUAUUUAUCUGUC